AUGAGCUCUCUGGUGGUUCCCAUAGAUUCAUGCUUUUCAGUAGAAAUCAACGACUACAGCACAGAAAUCUCACUGCCGAAGAUCUCACAAGCACCCUCAUCAUCAACAAUUGCUGUGUCUGCGCAUCAUGUGGAAGAUAUAAAAUGCCAGUCAGCGCCAUCUUUCCAACGUCAAGUUCUGUCUCCCAUCUCCCCUUUUUUGCACAGCUCCCCUGUUGUUUGCAAAUUGCUCCCUGAGUCCGGGGUUUCCUCAAUAAUGUUCUAUCUCGGCCUGGUACAACUGGGUGGACAUCAGUGGUGUGCAUUUCAUCUUCACAAAGCCAACUUAGGUCCCAACUUUCAUCUCAACUUGUGGGCCAACUUCAACAAAGUUGAGGAGGAAGUUGGCCAACUCUACCAUGAAACACCUUGA